GGAGUUCCCCAACAAAGUUGUGUAUGUGACGUCAUUGUCCUUGAUGCCAUAGGUUAAAUAAGUUUAUUAGAAUCGGGUAAACUACAGAAACCUCGUAACAUGCUGAACUAUUUAAGGUUCCUUCGUUCAAAGAUCGGGGCAACAAGUUCAAACAUCACAAGACGACGUUUCAGUGAAGGCACCAAACCCAACAUCGCCCUUGAUAAAGAUGAUUAUAAAAUAAGGAAUCCUGGGGUUGGAUUGAUAUUGUUGUCGGUUGCGUUUGGUGGUUAUCUUGUACAUAGGAUCUGGUUGGCCAAGCAAGAAAUGUUGGAAUGUGAAAUGAAUCGUCAACCACUUGGUGAGCGAGAGCGCGAACCGAACAUGAAGUAUCUUCAAUAUCGAUCCAAGAGUCAUUAUCUAUAAACCUUAGUUAUCUUCUCAAUAUUUGUUUAAAAUAAAUUAAAUGAUUGGAAA